AUGGCGGGUGUCCUGCUUGUGCUCUUGCAUGGUUUUGCAGUCUGCGGUAAGCACUCCGAUCCAUCGCUGCCGAACACGUUGCGUGUAAUCGGUGGCAACACUUCCGACAUUGACCGGUUCCCUUGGAUGGCGGCCCUCUACUAUCGGGAACGAUUCACCUGCGGUGGAAGUUUGAUUAAUGAUCGCUACAUCCUGACAGCGGCACACUGUGUGGUACGGUUGGAUGCGGCUGAGUUCGAAGUGUACCUUAGACGGUCCAACAUUGUCACCCUGAACGUGGACGCCGUACAUCGCCGGGUGCUUCGGAUCAUAACGAAUCUAUACCAGCAACUUCGAAAUAACAACGAUGUAGCACUGUUGCUACUAAAAGAUCCGAUUCGGGUUGAGGACGGUUUAGUGCCAAUCUGUCUGCCCGUUGAUGGAUCGACCUUUGAUGGAAGAGAAGCAAUCGUUACGGGCUGGGGUACGACAGAAAGUGGCGAACUGUCGGAACACCUGCAGCAACUAACUGUGCCGAUCCUAACUAACCAACAGUGCCGCAAGUCGGGCUACUUUCGCUUCCAGAUUACGGCAAAAAUGCUAUGUGCCGGAUAUCUGGAGGGAGGACGCGAUUCAUGCCAGGGUGAUAGUGGAGGCCCUUUGCAGCUGACAAAGAGUGAAAGCGGUCAGCAGCAGAUUGUGGGCGUUGUGUCCUGGGGCAAAGCGUGCGCCCAACGGAACUAUCCCGGAGUGUACGCGAGAGUUACCCGGUUUGUGAGCUGGAUUCGAAGGCAAAGCCGUGGUGCUUGCUGGUGCAGCGGGUGAAUAGUGGACCCAAGGCUGGUUUCCUCCACUUGUGCAGGUGACAGUGAGCAAUUACUUUCUGAGAAGUCUUCAUGAAUGAAACAAAAGCUUGAUGCUGCUGCAAAUAUGAAGGUGAAAGGAGGCGAAGGAAAAAUGGAUUAGGAUGUGAAUUUUUUAAAGGGUAUGAUGGAUGUGUCUGUGUGUGAGAGAGUUUCAAGCAUGCUGGAGACAGCUUAUCUAACUGGAGUUUGGGGGUUUUUUUUCGGGAAGGUAUAAAGAAACUUUAACGAAGCGUAUCACUCACCGAACAAGUUUCUUCAAUAAGUGUAGCAAAACGAAGUUUGACAUGUUUUUUGGAACAAAAAAAAAGAUUCACUUUCUAGAAUUAAAUUCAUUAGAUUACUGAGAAGUUGAUACCAAAUCGUGAGGAAGAUGAUUAGACAGUAUUACAAAACAACCGUCAAUCAGAGAUUUAAGAUGAAUAAAUAUUUUAAAUGGAACUUUGUUCGAUUGGUUUUAUUUGAUUGACUGCUAUUGCUACCCAUACCGGGUGGUUUCCUUAGAAGGGAAUAAAAUUUGCAGAAGGUCGGAUCGAAAACAACCCCUGAUGGCUGUUGACUAGACCUUGAUGAUUACAAGACUCUGGCAACCAUUUUUGCCUGCUGCCGCUUCUAUCAGUUUUGUGUCAGCUCACUUGUCAGCGUUUGAAGUUCAUUGGUGAAGAAGCAAGAAUAUCGCCCGUCAAUCAACAUAAAUCACAAACUUGAGAUUAAUUAUUCAAAGGAUUGUGAAUGAAUGAUAAUGUUUGUCUCGGUGAUUAAUGCUUACUAUGAAGUUGGACAUUAAAGAAGAAAUAAAUUCAUUAAGAUGUUCUUUCCUAUUAAAAUACAAUUCUUGGAACGCUUAAAGUAACAUUUCUACUUUUCUUUAUAUUCGGUAAAAUUUCCUUUGUGGUAAAAAA